GUGUAGGAGCUAUAGCUUCAACUUCACAACAAUCUUCAUCGAUCUAGACUAUUCUUGAUCGAGAUAGUGAUCGCCACUACUAUGACCAGUGAUGUUGGAGAAGCUGAAAUGCUAAAGGCCGUUUUUCUUCCAUUUCCAAUGACAAGUCACACCAUUAACAUCGUUGACACGGCGAGGCUCUUUGCCAUGCACGACGUGGAUGUCACCAUAAUCACCACACCAGGCAACGCCCAAAUUUUCCAAACCUCCAUUGACCACCAUGAUUCAGGCCACAUUCGAACUCAUCUCGUUAACUUCCCACAAAUCCCUGGUCUGCCAAAAGGGUUUGAAAUCUUAAACUCUCACACUCCUCCACACUUAGUCCCUCAUAUCUUCAAGGGACUUUCACUCCUCCAAGACCCGAUUCAACAACUCUUUGCUACCAUGAAACCUGAUUUCAUCGUCUCUGACAUGUUCUUCCCUUGGUCCGCCAAUGCCGCAGAGGAAUCGGGGAUUCCGCAUCUAAUUUAUCUCGUUGGAGGCUACAUUGCCAUGUCUGCACACAACUCUGUCGAACAAUUUGCACCUCACACCAAGGUGGACUCUGAUUCCGAGCCUUUUCUGCUUCCUGGGUUGCCCCACAAGCUGCAGAUGACAAGAUUGCAGUUGCCAUUUCACGCUAGAGAACACAACGUUCUCGCUCAUACAAUGAAGGCUGUGCACGAAUCAAUAAAGAAGAGCUAUGGUUCAUUAGUAAAUAGCUUCUCUGAGAUUGAUGGAAUUUAUGAGGAGCAUUACAAGACAACCACAGGAACCAAGAGCUGGGGCAUUGGACCAGCUUCUUUGUGGGUAAGCCAAGAUGCUUCGGAUAAAGAUGUUAGAGGGUGUGCCAUCAAAGAAGAACGAGAACCAGGAGGGUGGCGUAGUUGGCUUGAUUCAAAAACAGAGGACUCUGUUCUUUAUGUGUGUUUUGGGAGCAUGAACAAGUUCAGCACUUCCCAGCUUGUUGAAAUAGCUCAUGCCCUUGAGGAAUUUGGCCAUGAUUUCAUCUGGGUUGUUGGGAAAUUUGAAGAACAAAGUGAAAAUGAGGGUGAAAACGGUUUCUUGAAGGAAUUUGAGAACAGAGGAUAUCUAAUAAGGGGUUGGGCGCCGCAGCUUUUGAUACUGGAGCACCCUGCGAUUGGAGGUGUGGUGACUCACUGUGGGUGGAACACUACUCUUGAAAGCAUCAUUGCAGGGUUGCCAAUGGCAACGAUGCCUCUUUUUGCAGAGCAGUUUUACAAUGAGAAGUUGUUGGUGGAUGUGCUGGGAAUUGGGGUUUCUGUUGGAGUGAAGAAAUGGAAAAACUGGACUGAGGUUGGGGAUGAGAUAGUGAGGAGGGAGGACAUAGUGAAGGCAAUUGCUUUGUUAAUGGGUGGUGGAGAAGAGGCUUUGGAAAUGAGGAGAAGAGUCAGAGCACUUAGUGAUGCUGCAAAGAAAACUAUCCAGCCUGGUGGUUCUUCCCAUACCAAGGUCAAAGGGCUGAUCGAUGAGCUGAAGGCAUUCAAAUUGCAAAAGGUCUAUCACAAAAUAAAUGGUGUGGCUUAGGGUCUUAGGGAAAGUUUCUAUUUUGAGUGUAUUUAUAUCAUGUUUGUGUCUUGGUUUGGUUGAUUUUGUUGGUUAUGUUACAUGGGAUGAUUUCAUUAUUCUUUAGUUUGUAAAUCUUAAAAUGUGGAUUGAUUUGUCCA